UCCACGAGAGGGAAGGCUUUCCAAUCCCAUUUUAUACAAGAUCAUAUCAAAGAUCAUGCCUCCUUAACACCAUUCUUCAUGACCCAUCAGGACUGGAGGGACUGAAGUGUUUGCUGUGGACACACGAAGGGAAACAUGAGCCGAUUUUAUUAUCGCAUGGUCCUUUUACCAUUUACCCUUUUCAGCAGUGGUUUAAUUCCCAUUUCUGGAAAAUCACAAAAUGAAGCUGACAGCAGUAGAGAAGAGUGUCCUGAUAAUAAGAUUGUGACAGUGGAGUACCCGUGUAUCAAAGCAGGAGGACAGAGCAGCACAUGCCUCAGGAGGAAGUGCUGUAAAGGUUUCAGGUUCGUCAUGGGUCAGUGUGUACCAGAAAGUGUAGACGUGUGUGCGGGUUCUCCGUGUGAGCAGCAGUGUAUGGAUAACUUCGGCCGCGUGGUGUGUACGUGUUACAGUGGCUACCGCUUCGACCGGGAAAGACACCGGCAGCACCUCCACCCGUACUGCUUAGAUGUCGAUGAGUGUGAGGAGUCGAACGGGACGCGGUGUGAGCAUGUGUGUGAAAACACACCCGGCAGUUUCCUCUGUCGUUGCAGUGCUGGAUAUGUACUGGCUGCAGACCAGCACUCCUGCAUACCUGCACUCAAACUCUCUCUCUCACAUUCUGCAGGGAAGUCUGAUACUCAGAUGAGCACUGGUUCCUGCUCUCUCACCUGUCAGGACAUCAUAAACAUGAGGACCAGCCUACAGCAGCUCAAACUCCGCCUGGGAUACACACACUCCAGUGGACAGGUGAUCUCACCCAGUUUAGCUAACAGCAGUGAAAAGCCACUUCCUGGUAGAGUGGGGAAAAAUCAUGAUGGUCACACCAUGUCUGGUCCUCCAGGGGUACCUGGACCGCCGGGCCUGCCAGGGCCUCCAGGACAGAAAGGAGAACCUGGAUCCAUCGGUACUUCAGGUCCUCAGGGACCGAGGGGGGAUAUGGGCCUUAUGGGUCCUCAGCCGGACCUGGAACAUGUUAAGAGGGGACGCAGAGGACCAGUGGGACCACCAGGAGCACCUGGAAGAGAUGGGCUGAAGGGUGAAAAAGGUUCUCCUGGACCCAGAGGACCACCGGGACCUCCGGGAUCUUUCGACUUCCUCCUCCUGAUGAUGGCGGACAUCCGUCAUGACAUCAUUGAGCUGCAAGACAAAGUUUUUGGAAAGAGAGCAGACUUCUUACUGGAUACGCCCCCAGACUCUGUGGUGGAGCCGGAGUUUGGUGGUGGUUCAGGACAGGAAGAGAUGAUGCUCAAUACAUGACGGAUGUGAAGACGUGGCACAGUGAGAUGAAGUUCAUGUGGAAAUGAGAGACAACAAAUGGCUAUUGAGGAUAUAAAUCUGAAGCUGGAUGUCUUCAGGACUGAAACUUUGGACAAAUCAAGCAGCUGUUUCUUCUUCGGUGUAAAGAGAGUGAUAAUAACCCUGAACAUCUGCUUUGUUUGGGGGGUUAGAGUGAUGGAGAGAGAGCAAAUAAUAGAGAGACAAAAACUGACUUAAUCUCAAACCUCAAACUAACAUAUGCACAUUUGGUACAUGUACGAAUCAUGCUAGUGAUGUGCAACUGUAUGAAAAUAUUCAGUGGUGCUGUGGUAUGAUGUGGGUUUGACGUAAUUCUGACCUUUGGGUUGACUGUCCAGAAAUUUUAUUCCUCUUAUACAACAGCAAUUUGCCCUUGAUUGCAAUUUUUAUUAAUUCAUUUAACAAACGUUGUACUUUUUAUCCAUUUAGAGUUAUGUUUACGGUGUGGAACAGCUAUGAAACAAGUUUGUGUUAUCACUUGUGCUACAGUGUCUUGCAAAAGUAUUCCUCCCCCUUGGUGUUUGUCCUGUUUUGUUGCAUUAUAAGAGAGAAUUAAAAUGGAUUUUUGGGGAGUUAGCACCAUUUGAUUUACACAACAUGCCUACCACUUUUGCUGCAAUUCCAGCUGCAAGUCUCUUGGGGUAUGUCUCUAUUAGCUUAGCACAUCUAGCCACUGGGAUUUUUGCCCAUUUCUCAAAGCAAAACUGCUCCAACUCUUUCAAGUUAGAUGGGUUGCGUUGGUGUACAGCAAUUUUCAAGUUAUACCACAGAUUCUCAACUGGAUUGAGGUCUGGGUUUUGACUAGGUCAUUCCAAGAUAUUUAAAUGUUUCUCUUUAAACCACUCCAGUAUAGCUUUAGCAGUAUGUGUAGGGUCAUUGUCCUGCUGGAACAUGAACCUUCAUCCCAGUCCCAAACCUCUGGCUGACUCAAACAGGAUUUCCUCCAGAAUUGCCCUGUACAGUAUUUAGUGUCAUCCAUCUUUCCUUCAGUCCUGACCAGCUUUCCUGCCCCUGCAGAUGAAAAAUAUCCCCACAGCAUGAUACUGCCACCACCAUGUUUCACUGUAGGAAUGGUGUUCUCAGGGUGUUGGGUUUGCGCCACACAUGGCGUUUCCCAUGAUGGCCAAAAAGAUCAAUCUUAGUCUAAUUUCACCAGAGAAUCUUCUUCCAUGUGUUUGGGGAGUCUGCCACAUGCUGUUGGGAAAACUCCCAACACAUUUUCUUAAUCAAUGGCUUUUUUUCUGACCACUCUUCCAUAAAGCCCCGUUCUGUGGAGUGUAUGGCUUAAAGUGGUCCAAUGGACAGAUACUCCCAUCUCCACUGUGGAUCUUUGCAGCUCCUUCAGUGUUCUCUUUGGUGUCUUUGUUGCAUCUCUGAUUAAUAUCCUCCUUGCCUGGUCUGCAAGUUUUGGUGGGCGGGGCCUUCUCUUGUCAGGUUUGUAGUGGUGCCAUAUUCUUUCCAUUUUGCUAUAAUGGAUUUAAUGGCGCUCCCUGUGAUAUUCAAAGUUUGGGAUAUUUUUAUAACCCAACCCUGAUCUAUACUUCUCCACAACUUUGUCUCUGACCUGUUUGGAGGCUCCUUGGUUUUCAUGUUGCUUGUUUAGUAGUAUUGCAGAGUCAGGGUCUUUCCAGAACAGGUUGAUUUAUACAGACAUCAUGUCACAGAUCAUGUGACACUUUGAUUGCACACAGGUGGAUCUUAAUCAACUAAUUAUGUGAUUUAUGAAGUUAAUUGAUUGGACCAGCUCUUAUUUAGGGGUUUCAUACGAAAGGGGGUGAAUACCUAUGCACACUCCAGAUUUCUGUUUUUUCAUCUUAAUUAUUGUUUGUGUCACAAUAAAACAAUAGUUUGCACCUUUAAAGUGGUAGGCAUGUUGUGUAAAUCAAAUGGUGCUAACCCUCCAAAAAUCCAUUUUAAUUCCAGCUUGUAAAGUGAUGAAACAGGACAAACACCAAGGGGGAUGAAUACUUUUGCAAUACACUGUAUAAAAGUAGCUAUAAACAUUUGGUCCCUCACCAGCCUGACAAAGGUUCACAUUCCAGCAGGACAAUGACCCUAAACAUACUGCUAAAGCUACACUGGAGUGGUUUAAAGGGAAACAUUUAAAUGUCUUGGAAUGGCGUAAUCAAAGCCCAGACCUAAAUCCAAUUGAGAAUCUGUGGUAUAACUUGAAGAUUGCUGUACACCAGCACAACCCAUCUAACUUGAAGGAGUUGGAGCAGUUUUGCCUUGAGGAAUGGGCAACAAUCCCAGUGGCUAGAUGUGCUAAGCUAAUAGAGACAUACCCCAAGAGACCUGCAGUUGUAACUGCAGCAAAAGGUGGCUCUACAAAGUAUUGACUUGGGGGUGAAUACCUAUGCACAUUUCAGAUUUCUGUUUUUUCAUCUUAAUUAUUGUUUGUGUCACAAUAAAGCAACAAUUUGCACCUUUAAA